CUUCCUCUCGUUCUUCCUGCUAGCUACAGCAGGUCCUUAGCUAGCUAUAGCAUGUGAAGCUAGGUUAGCCUGGAGCUGACCUUCCUAGUGAAACUAGACUAGAAGGAAAUGCUUAAUUUUUCUACUACAUCUUAGACAUAGCUGACUGGCAGCUAGCUGUGUUAAAAAUGUCCGUGUUUAGCCUCGCUGCUUCGCGUACAUUCCGUGGCGUGUCGGUAAAAAUCCCUCGGAUGUUAUUUAGCCUGCUACCCAAUGAUGGAUACUCAAUAACAAUCCUAAACAGCAAGAGAAUCAGCUGUCCGCAGAGCCACAGCGCAAAUACACCGCGUCUGCUCAGCUCUCAACCACUUAACCAGAAGAUACCAAAGGUGGCAACAUGGGAACCAGUACCAGAGGACCAGCUUCCUCCGCCUGCCCAUAUCCCUGCUGACCUGGUGGACAAACUGGAGCGACUGGCUUUGGUGGAUUUUCGCACCAAACAGGGACUGGCCUGUUUGGAAAAAGCCAUACGGUUUGCAGACCAGCUUCAUGUCGUUGACACAACAGGGGUUGAACCGAUGGAUUCAGUUCUGGAGGACAGGGUUUUGUACCUGAGGGAGGAUGCUGUGAUGGAGGGUGACUGUGCUGAAAAACUGCUUCAGCUCUCAAAAAGCACAGUUGAAGAAUAUUUUGUGGCACCACCAGGAAAUAUUCCUCUACCUAAGAGGGAGGAGAGGACUGCCAUGCUGAAAAACUCAGAGUUUUGAUGUUUAUAAAUCUAUAGCCUUGAUAUUUAUUACAUUUUUUGAAGACUGAAAGUGUCGUUUAAGAGCUGCUGUAUGUGUCUGAUCUGCUGGUUGAGGCCCGCUUGACUUCAUAUCUACAGUCAUAAACACAGUGUGAUGUGUGUGUUUUCACAUUUUUUCUGCAACAGGAAAAAUAAAAAACUUGUACAAGUUG